AUGCAAGAGGUGGAUUUGCGUAUCAGUGAUGUCAGUGAACUGGAGAAGAAGCUGGUGGAGGCCAUGCAACAGUACCACGAUCUCAUGUCGCGAGCUCCAGCGCCACAGGCGCCUACGUAUGGUGCCUACCUGCCACAAAAGCCUAUCCCUCCGGCCUACGGGACACCACCGCCCAUGGCUACAGCUUAUCAGGUAGGCUGCCUUAAUGCUCUUCUCUCACGUGCCUUCUUCGCCAUUAUGCUCCACCCCUGA